UAUGAAAUCGGAUUCCAGUGUUCAUUUUACAUACAUAGAAAUAUUUUCUACUCUAUAGUAGAUAAAUGAGCGUCAAAUGUACGCGCCCAAUUUCUUCAACCAAUGGCAGGACGCACAUGCGUCAUUCCUCUAUACUUAACCUGCAUCGCGCGUCGAACAAAUUUCGUCAAAAGUAUAAAGGUGUAUAUAAUCCUCAACACGCCUUGCAAACACGCCCUUCAUUACUUACAGAACCAGCUCAACGGUCAACCGCAAUUUAACCAGUCCUAAAUACGAUCAACAUUUUUCAAUCUUAGAAUGGCCUCGUCGCCAUAUCCCACAAGGACCUAUCUUCCUGGCCAAUUUGUCGUCUCUGCUGGCUCUAUCCUCUUCCGCCGAGCACCGGAAAAUGGGGAAUUGCAGAUGUGCCUCUUAUACCACACGAUCAAGAACGAAUGGCUUCUUCCAAAGGGCAGGAAAGAUUGUGGAGAAUCGAUGGAGACGACCGCAGUGAGAGAAACGUAUGAAGAGACAGGAUACAAAUGCAAGCUUUCACCAUGCAACAUGUCCACAAGAGCCCCUGCACAUGGUGUGCACACGAAAGACAUGAUCAGAGAAGCAGAACAAAUCACAGAGCCUAUUGCAAUCACGGUGCGGGAUCAAGGGCUAGAUGGAGUAAAAAUCAUCUGGUGGUAUAUCAGCGAGCUGGACGGAGAUGGGCAGAAGGUCGAGGGCACGCAAAUGGACACGGAGAGCUUUGCUUCACAGUUUAUAGAUGCGGAGGAGGCUCUACGGACAUUGACGUUCAAGGGCGACCAGGAUAUCGCUGCAAAGGCCUUAGAGAUCGUAAGGCAUACGGGAACGAUAUGAUCGUUUACAGCUAGUUUACAGUAUCGGAUUCGUAGAUCGAGUUCCGACUCUUCUAUUCCAUACACUACAACCUCGGUCUACUUGGUACACGGCAAUGUAUUUUAGAUAUCAAUUAGUCGAACACGCACUGUGUAUCAUACUUAUAAUCAUAUACUGGAGGUGCUAAAAAUGCUUCGAUUCUCAGUUCGGGUUCUGAA